CACAUGGCCUGGAAAUGCACACCAUCUGCGUUUGGGGCCAUUCAGGAACAAUUGCACAGCAUUUUAACACGUAGCCUCUAUAGUUUACCUGCAUGCAGCUUGGGGAAGCAGGGGCGGACUGACAACUCAUGGGGCCCCCGGGCAAUAGGGGAUCAUGGGGCCCCUAUGUCCUUGCCCAAACUCAAAAAAGCCUAUGAAAAAGGUACCAGGGUCAUCUCAUGGGGCCCCCUACUGACCCCGGGCCCUCGGCAGUGCCCGAGUUUCCAAAUGGUCAGUCCGCUCCUG